CCGAGGCUGCUGCGCCGCUUCCAGCUCUAGGCUGCCGCCGCGGUCCUGUUGCGCUGUCGCUGCUGCAGCCGCCACCCGGGUCCCUUCGGCCGUGCCUCUGCGUGGGGGCUGCCUCCUCGGCUCCGGCAGCAGACACCAUGUACGGAUUUGUGAAUCACGCGCUGGAGCUGCUGGUGAUCCGCAAUUACGGGCCCGAGGUGUGGGAAGACAUCAAAAAAGAGGCACAGUUAGAUGAAGAAGGACAAUUUCUUGUCAGAAUAAUAUAUGAUGAUUCUAAAACUUACGAUUUGGUUGCUGCUGCAAGCAAAGUCCUCAAUCUCAAUGCUGGGGAGAUCCUCCAAAUGUUCGGGAAGAUGUUUUUUGUCUUUUGUCAAGAGUCUGGUUAUGAUACAAUCUUGCGCGUCCUGGGAUCUAAUGUCAGAGAAUUUCUACAGAACCUUGAUGCCCUGCACGACCACCUGGCUACUAUCUACCCAGGUAUGCGCGCGCCUUCCUUCAGGUGCACCGACGCGGAGAAGGGCAAAGGACUCAUCCUGCACUACUACUCAGAGAGAGAAGGACUUCAGGAUAUUGUCAUUGGAAUCAUCAAAACAGUAGCUCAACAGAUACAUGGCACCGAAAUAGACAUGAAGGUUAUUCAACAAAGAAAUGAAGAAUGUGAUCAUACUCAAUUUUUAAUUGAAGAAAAAGAAUCAAAAGAAGAAGACUUUUAUGAAGAUCUUGAUAGAUUUGAAGAAAAUGGUACCCAGGAAUCACGCAUCAGCCCAUAUACCUUCUGCAAAGCUUUUCCUUUUCACAUAAUAUUUGACCGGGACCUAGUGGUUACUCAGUGUGGCAAUGCCAUAUACAGAGUGCUUCCCCAGCUCCAGCCUGGGAACUGCAGCCUGUUGUCUGUCUUCUCUCUCGUUCGUCCUCAUAUUGACAUUAGUUUCCAUGGGAUCCUUUCACACAUCAAUACAGUUUUCGUAUUGAGAAGCAAGGAAGGAUUGUUGGAUGUAGAGAAAUUAGAAUGUGAGGAUGAACUGACUGGGACUGAGAUCAGCUGCUUACGUCUCAAGGGUCAAAUGAUCUACUUACCUGAAGCAGAUAGCAUACUUUUUCUGUGUUCACCAAGUGUGAUGAAUCUGGACGAUCUGACAAGGAGAGGUCUGUAUCUGAGUGACAUCCCUCUGCACGAUGCCACACGCGAUCUCGUUCUUUUGGGAGAACAAUUCAGAGAGGAAUACAAACUGACCCAAGAACUGGAAAUCCUCACAGACAGGCUGCAGCUCACAUUAAGAGCCUUGGAAGAUGAAAAGAAGAAGACAGACACGUUGCUGUAUUCUGUCCUCCCUCCAUCUGUUGCCAAUGAGCUGAGACACAAGCGUCCGGUGCCUGCCAAAAGAUACGACAAUGUGACCAUCCUCUUCAGUGGCAUUGUGGGCUUCAAUGCUUUCUGCAGCAAGCAUGCGUCUGGAGAAGGGGCCAUGAAGAUUGUAAACCUCCUCAAUGACCUCUACACCAGAUUUGACACGUUGACGGACUCCCGGAAAAAUCCAUUUGUUUACAAGGUGGAGACAGUUGGUGAUAAGUAUAUGACAGUGAGUGGUUUACCAGAGCCAUGCAUCCACCAUGCACGAUCCAUUUGCCACCUGGCCUUGGACAUGAUGGAAAUUGCUGGUCAGGUUCAAGUGGAUGGCGAAUCUGUUCAGAUAACAAUAGGGAUACAUACUGGAGAGGUAGUUACUGGUGUGAUAGGGCAGAGGAUGCCUCGAUACUGCCUUUUUGGAAAUACCGUUAACCUCACAAGCAGAACAGAAACCACUGGGGAAAAGGGAAAAAUAAAUGUGUCUGAAUAUACAUACAGAUGUCUUAUGACACCGGAAAACUCAGAUCCACAGUUCCAUUUGGAGCACAGAGGCCCGGUGUCCAUGAAGGGCAAAAAAGAGCCAAUGCAAGUUUGGUUUCUUUCCAGAAAAAAUACAGGAACAGAGUUUACUUGUGGUGUUGGCAUGCUUACGGAUGUUCUUCUGAUAAAUUAAACUCCACCUGAAGUGUUGCUCCUUUUAGGAGACAACCCAGGAUGACGACUGAAUGUUAGACGGUGGGAUGAAGAGGACCGCAGAAUGGGCUCCCGUUGUCCCCUGUCACACGCCAAGCCUAGGAGCCAUUAUUCCCUGUGGAUACAGAUUUUGCUUUGUCCUUUGCAGUUAUCCCAAGCCUUUCUCCUCAGUAUAGCUUUCAUGAUUCGUUACUCAAUCUUAGCUCUGCUUUUGAUUAUUUUCAAGGUUUAGUAUAUUACCUGAAGUUUGGCUUUAGAUGUGAAUGACGUGAGCUUUCUGUGUCUUAAGAUCUACCACAAGCAUUGCCGAGCAUGGUAAUUUGCAAGUGGUAGGCACCCAAUAAAUACUUGUUGAAUUUAAUGAAGUGACACUGAACAGUAUUUGGUCAUGUGUAUAUAUCAUAUCAUGGCUUACCAAAUCUGUUUAGUGUUCCAUGUAUAUGUCUUUGUAUAUUUUAAUGACUAUAUUAACAUAUAACAAAGUUUAUAUCGUGUUGGUAUCCAUCAUUAAAUCAUUUUCUAAAGGAGUGAAUUCUAAGUUUUAGGGGGAAAAAUGCCAUUUAUUUUCAGAGUCCCAAAAUAUGAAUUAAUAUACCAUGCUAAGAAAAUAGUGACUAUUUUGAAUUAUGCUCAUUUUCCUUCAAAAAUAGAGGAUGCACAUUUCUGUUACCAAAAUAUUUGGUUGUUCACUCAAAUCAUGUGGCAUUAUAAUUCCUCUAAAAUUCUAUCAUUUAUACUAUAUCCCGCGUAUUAAAUCUCAUUAACCACAUACAGCUGUUAUAAAAAGCUGUACUGUUUCACACUGAGCUGUUACAGUAGCUUGGGUUAAAUGUUAGGCGCUCUAACCACAUCCAAGAAUAAAAUUGAAGACACUGCUGGGAUACUCCUGAAAGAGCCAUUCUGGCCUUUUAUUUCCAGAAAUGAGCUUCUUUUUCUUAGCUUGCAAGAAUGUGAUUAUAUCCAAGCCAUCAGGUUCAGAAAAGUUACUUUAAUUUUGACAUAGAAUGCAUUCCUAAUUGAAAUAAUUGGCCUAUUGUUCUUAAAUAUCUCUGAUAAUUUAUUAAUACCUACCUUUAUAAAAUAUAGUGCAACUACUUUUGUGUAAAAAUGUUUGUCUUUAAAUUUAGCAUUUCAUAUCAGCACAUCUAUAUAUGUAUAAAUGUUCCAUGUUCAUGUGUAAGAGAAUAUGCAAUAAAUUAUUUUUUCCACUUGUCUCUAGAUAGUUUGUAUUUCAACAAAAAUGAUAUUAUUAUUGGCCAUUUUAUUACUGCCAUGUUUAGCAGUACAUUUUAUAAUUUUCCCAAUUCUUCACUUUAAAUGAAUUUUGAUUCACUAUUGUUAUACAGUUGAAUGGCUCCUCUUAGAUAGCCUUAUCCUCAAACGCUGUUUUUCUUAAGUACCAACAAAGCGGCAGAAGCAAGACUAGACCUGGAAUGAUAGCAGCCCUUGAGGAUCUCAGUCUCUUAGGAGUCAAAGACACAUAUACAAAUAAUUAAAAUAUGUGACAUCGGCAGUGAUAAGAUAAUGAAUAUUCAGAGAAUGAGAAAGGAGAGGGUAAGGGUAGUUUGGGAACAGGAGGCGGCAGGGAGACGGGGGAGGGUUUUAUGAGGGUCUCAUUUCAAGGUGAAUUAAUGCCACGGAAGCAAGGCUCCAGGCCAAGUCCAGCAGCCUACGCUCAGUGUCGCCAGCUUCUCCCCUGCCUAAUCCUCACGGGCAGCACGAAUUCUGCUCAUUGAAUUUGCUUUGCAUAAAGUUCUCUUCCUGAUUUCUAAAUCCCUUGAAGUUUCUCUGUACGGUGACCCUGAUGAUGACCACUUCGUAUUUGUUUAUUUGUUUUCACUCUUUUUUUUUAUUAUUAUUGUUUCUGGUGAAUUUCUUCACAAACAUUUUUUGGUAAGAAUUUUAAACAUAAAGAAAAGGCCAAAGGACUUGUAUAGGGUACAACUGUUCACCUGCCACCUGGAUUCUAGAGUUAUUAAAAUUUUACUAAAUAUUUGACAAUUCCCUUUUCAUCCAUCUUCUAGCUUUUUGUGGUCUGCUGGAUUUUAUUUAUUUCGUUGAGCUAUAACUCAUGUUCUAUAAAAUUCACUUUUUAAAAGCAUACAAUGCAGUGGUUUUGGUAUGUUCACAAAGUUGUACAACCAUCAAAUUCCAGAAUACUUUCAUUACCCCCAAUGUCCUGUAACCUUUAGCAGUCAAUCCCAGUUAACUGCUUCCCUUAACCCUUGGCAACACUAAUCUACUUUCUGUCUCUAAGGAUUGACCCAUUCUGAGCACUUCAUGUAAGCGGAAUCAUACAUAUGUGGCCUUUUGUAUCUGGCUUCUUUCACUUACUGUAAUGUUUUGAAGGUUUGUCUAUGUUGUACCAUAAUCAGUAUUUCCUUACUUGUUAUGGUUGAAUAAUAUUCUAUUGUAUGGAUAUACCACGUUUUGUUUAUCCAUUCAUAAACUGAUGAACAUUUGAGUUGUUUCCACCUUUGGUUAAUAUGAAUAAUACUCCUGUGACCAUCUGUGUACUAGCUUUUGUGUGCAUAUGUGUUUUCAGUUCUUUUGUGUGUCUAAGAGUUCAAUUCCUGGGUCAUUUGAAACUUUGGGUUUAAAUUUGUGAGGAACUGUUAGAUGGUUUUUCAAGGUGCCUGCACCAGUUUUCUUUCCCACCAGCAGUGUAUGAAGCUUGCAAUUUCUCUACAUCUUCCACAGCACUAGCUAUAUUGUCUGUCUUUUUGAUCUAAGCCAUUCUGGUGGGUACUCGGGGCCAUCCAUUGUGGUUUGAUUGGUAUUUCCCUAAUGACUAAUCAUGCUGAACAUCUUUUCAUAUGCCAAGUAGUCAUUUGUAUAUCUUAUUUGGAGAAAUUCCUAUUCAAAUUAUUGUCCCCUUGGGUGGGUGGGUGGAGCUGCCAGGCUACCCAUGGGGUGCCCAUUGACCGCCUGACCACCGCCCUCUGCCUGGAAGUCGUCGAGUGGAGAUGCUGAUCCAGGGCUGGAGGGGGAGUGCUGCUGGGGUGCCCAGGAUCCGCACUCCACCUCACUCCAUCCCCACCUCACUCCAUCCCGGGGCUCCACAUGGGUGAGGAACUUGGCAGUGCUCAAAGUCAGAAGAUUUGUGAACCUCUCUGAACCACAAUAUCAUCAUCUGCAAUACAGGAACGAUCAUUUUCUCCCGUGGAUUUUUCCAGAGGGAGAAAAUGGGUGAGAAGGUCCUGGCAUUUUGUUUUCUCUCAUCGUUUGUGGACAUUUUUCCUCUUCUCGUGUCUGUUCUGCAAAAUAUAAGCUUAAUAACAUCAAU